UGUGUGUGUGUUCUUUUCCUUCAUUAGACCUACAACAUGUCCUCUACCGUCACAGGCUCAUCGCUCGGUGGUGGUGAUCAAAGCUCCAGUACAACAACAAAGAGAUCUGGUAAUGUUUCGUCUCUCAAGCAGACGUCGGGACUCAUUGCCAUCGACACAUUUGGAAACGAGUUUGAGGUUCCAGACUACUCCAUCAAGGACAUCCUCAGUGCCAUUCCUGAGCACUGCUACGAGAGAAGACUGACCGAGAGUUUCUACUAUGUGUUCAGAGACAUCUUGUGUAUGGUUGUUACUGGCUACCUUGCCAACAACUACAUUCCUCUCGUGGGCUCCCAGGCCGUCAGAGGGCUUCUGUGGGCCCUGUAUACCGUUGUGCAAGGUCUGUUUGGUACCGGUAUCUGGGUGCUUGCACAUGAGUGUGGUCACCAGGCAUUCAGUGAUUACGGCUGGGUCAAUGACCUGACCGGCUGGGUGUUGCACUCCUACUUGCUCGUUCCUUACUUCUCAUGGAAGUAUACCCACGGGAAGCACCACAAGGCUACAGGCCACUUGACCAGAGACACUGUCUUUGUUCCGCCAACAAAGGACCAGUUCAAGAAGAAGAGAUUUGUCGAGAGAUUGGAGGACCUCUCCGAGGAUGCGCCAAUCGUGACACUUUACCAGCUGUGUAUCCAACAACUCGGUGGAUGGUGGGCUCAUUUGACCACCAACGUCACAGGUCAAGUGUAUCCAGAUGUGCCAAAAUGGAAAGUCAACCAUUUCCACCCAGAGGCACCAAUGUUCGAAAAGAAGGACUAUUGGUUCAUCGUGCUUAGUGACAUUGGUAUCCUUGUUCAGCUGCUUGUCUGUUACAAGUGGAUCAUGAACUAUGGUACUUUCAACUUCUUGAUGAACUACUUCAUCCCAUACAUGUUUGUCAACCACUGGUUGGUGUUCAUCACCUACCUCCAGCACACAGCACCAACCAUGCCUCACUACGAUGCUACUGAAUGGAACUUUGCCCGUGGUGCAGCCGCAACCAUUGACAGAUCUCUCCCAUUUGUGGGCCCACAUAUCUUCCACGAUAUCAUUGAAACCCAUGUCUUGCACCAUUACGUUUCAAGAAUCCCAUUCUACAACGCUAGAGAGGCAAGUGCUGCCAUUCAAAAGGUCAUGGGCAAGCACUACCAACAGACUGAUGAAUUCAUGUUCAAAUCGUUGUGGAAAUCCGCUAGACAGUGCCAGUUUGUUGAUGGUGAUAACGGUGUUAGAAUGUUUAGAAACAUCAACAACUUUGGCGUAAAGGCACGUGAUUGAAUUGCGCUGGUCUUCCUUUCUUUCUAUACACUACU